AAUAAAAUUUUAAGUAUUUUGUCUGAAUAUGUAACAGAAUUGCCAUUUCUAAAAGCCAAACAAGUACAAUAGUUAAGAGAGAAUGUUCUCAAAGCAAUCUUCCACUUGAAAGAAAGAGAGAGAUUUCAAUUCAAAGCCAUAAUGCUUAAAGGCAUUUCCACUUCACUUUGCCAAAAGGCCCUGAACCCAUUUCCCUUUUACUUUUCCUUUGCUUGCCCUCCUUCAUGUCAUAUUCAAUGUUAGUCCCACACACACACACACAGAUAUACAGACCCAUGUAUAUAAAUGUUUGAAGGAAUACUCAGCUAUGUCAUCUCUCACACCAGAAACCAUGAAAGAUUCAUUGGGCCCGUCUCACACUAGCCCUGCUCUGAAGUCAUUGUCCAACAAAGUAGGAGGUAUACUCUGCUGUCAUAAUUCGCAAAACAAGUACAAGAGGUUAGACACUAAGCUCGAAAAGAAAAUGAUGGAAGUUAAGAGAAGUCCAUUUGGAAAUAACAAUUUCAGAUCAAUCAAUGGCAUAAUCAUGAGGUUCCCUCAGAUCAAAGAGGGAUUGAAAGACAUCCGAGGUGUCUUUGAACAGUGCGAUGAAGAUUCUAAUGGAACUAUUGACCUUGAGGAACUCAAGAAAUGCUUACAGAAAUUGCAACUCCAUCUUACAGAGAAGGAAAUUGAUGAUCUUUUUCACUCGUGUGACGUAGAUGGGAGUGAAGGGAUACAAUUCAAAGAGUUUAUUGUUCUUUUGUGUCUCAUUUAUCUCCUAAUGGAUCACUUGAACUCUCCUCACACUACAUCAAAGACGGGAUCGCCACAGCUUGAAGCCACGUUUGAUACUAUAAUCGAAGCAUUCUUGUUUCUUGACAAAAAUGGUGAUGGAAAGCUGAACAAGAAAGACAUGGUCAAAGCACUAAAUGGGGAUUCUCCUCUGGAGAUUUCCCCAGCACACGUUACAAGGACUCGAUUUGAAGAAACGGACUAGGAAAGAAAGGGGAAGGUUAGCUUCAGAGAGUUCCUUUUUGCUUUGAUCAAUUGGGUUGGAAUCGAUGCUGAUGAUGAGAUUCUUGUAGCAGAAAGUUAAACGGAGUCAAAUUAACUAUAAAUUGUCUAAAGUACAUUACUUAAACAUGCUGUUGUGCAGAUAUUGUACCAUUCAUACUCUAUAUUACUGUAGAAUUCUGAACAAUUUCUCUGACUAAUGGUAAGUUCUUUUUAUUCCUGAAUAUGUUGUUCCUGCUUUGUCUAUUCUAUUUUAUGAAAGAGUUAUGUUGGGGUGGAUUUUGACAGAACUUGGAUAUAGUAAGAGCUUCACUAUGUAGUUGAAAAGA